GCCACUGCAGACAUUUGUGUGGGACAUGUUUCAAAGCCUAGAGGUUACGGAAGAUAAAAGAAUGUACUUUAAAGCGAUAUUCCCCGAUGGAAGUCCUCCGCCAACACCAGGGUUCCUCAUCCAGUCCUACUCUGACCUGAUCCCCUUCCCCCAGUACUUUGGCGAGCUGUACACCUGUCUCAACAAGGUUGAGGAGAAAACUUGGCAGAUUGAGCUGCUGAAGAAGACAAGGAUAUCUCUUCAAGAGAGAGCCAGUAAAAUGAAACAGCUUGAAAGAGAAAAGGUGCCUCUACUGGGGACAUUUCUGUGGAAGUAUCAGAGUUAUCUGGGGUCAGAGGGCAUGGGUAUAGUGCUGCCAUACAUCCAAGACUUGCUGCAGAAUGAAUACACAACAGUGCAAGCAGCCUGGUCCCUCUUUGACAGCACUACACGGGAGUUAGGCCCUCGGGACUCAGCCAAGCAGUUCCUACCGUACCUGACAUCUCUCUUCUCCGGAGAAGUGUCAUCUGCCAAACACAUCAAACUCUACCACAGAUCGUUUUUGAUGCAGCUGAUUGUGCGACUGGGUCUGGAGACAUUCCUCAAUUACUUCUCCACUCUACUGGUGGAAGCUGUUGCUGGUUACAAGGAUUUCAACGUAACCAGCCGGUUCAACGCCGAGGAGCUGUUGGAGGAGCUGGACCAGCAGACUGUGCUGAAACCAGUACCGGUCAAGUCUAAAGCUGCGGUCUGGCCAGGAGCUGAGUUUGCUGCAGCGCAGGAUUAUAGAGAUGGUGGUGUUGUUGAUGUGGAUGAUGCUGACGCUGUUGAUGGCAUUGACGUGGACAGAGAUAAUCAUGAGAAAAAUGAUAAUGGUGACCUUGUAGAUGAGAUGUCACUAGAUGGCGCACAUGUACUUUUGGAUGACGAUGGUUUGGACUCUGAGAGGAAAAUCUCUCAGGGAGAUGUCUCAGAGAGGGACUCGCUGGGAAGUGAAAGUAGUGAUGAUAGAAUAGAUGAAACUGUGAUGAAGAGACGAGCCAUCCUAUUGGACGAUCAAGACAUUGCCUCGGGAAGUGCUUAUGACAACCUGGAUCAGCACUCCAUCCACAGCAUCUCCCACAUCAUGGGUAAGAACAUGGCCGCCUCCCCAGGUGCACUAGAUGAUCUGGAGCCAUGUGAGGCAGCAUUCCAUGAGGUUGAGACAUCAGAAGGUUCUCCCCUGUCUUCUGGUAAAGCUACAGACUCUCUCCACUCUGAUGCUCAUUCCCAGUCUGCCCAACCUUCAGAAGAAGACAUUCCUCUUGGAAAUGGAGAUGAAGACAUUCAGAGACUGGCCAAUGUGGAAACAAGUGGCUGUGAUCAUUCAGCCGUAAGCCCUUUAGAGAAUGUCACUGAAGUCACAGAUGAGCAAACACACAGACAACCCCAGCCUCCUGAGCUCAGCCUGUCUCAAGAGACUGCAGCAGACAUCAGUGUUGCUCCCAUGGCACAGUCACAUCUGGAUGCUGUUCUAGAGAGCAGCAGUGAGGAGAAUUAUAACGACAGCCAUGUGAAGACUUCACAACAAAACUUGGAUGAUGUUCUAGAGGACAACACACGGACAGACAUGUCCGAUUCCUCGUCACAGGAAGAUGAAGUUGAUGGUCAAAAAAUAACCUCCUCUUCGUCUGAAUAUCAGUCAAGGUCACGGAGGGUGGGGUCAGACAUGGUUCGUAGUGAGACUGAAGACAUUAUGGUCAGCUUGUCCUCGGAUAGUUCUGGACACAUCACCAACAUACGGGAUGUUGCUGCAGACUCAGUUAAAUGGCUAUCCCAUAAGCUAGGCCCAGUUCUGGCGACCAAGUUCUUGUCGAGAAACUUGGUACGAAUGUUGGCUCUGUGCUAUCUGGGCCAGGACCAGCUGCAGGUCAUUGAGCAGACAGGUGGGAAGAUUGCCAAAACAUCACGUCUGGUUUUAGGAGACAAGAACUCUCAGAAAGUUCUAGAGUGCCUGGAGUUUACUGUGGUUCUGUACGGAGAACAGGUGGUGCUCAUCCAAUGUUUGACCAGCAUCUUGGACAUGAUCAAAAUGGCCCAGAAGAGGCUGUCCCCCCGGUGUGAGGGAGGUUUGAUUGCUUCAGUUGUCCUGCUCUCCUUCCUGAUUCCAUACUUGUCGGACACAAACCUCAUGAACCUCUUGGAGGAAAGCAUCAUCUCGAAGUGCAUCAAUCCUGUACUGUCCAUCAUCACAUCCUCCAGCGUCAGCUUCCCCUGCGGCACAGUAGCCCGGUUUGUGCUCUGCCACAAGUUGAUUGACCUCUUGUACAUCCUGGGUCUGAGGUUGGGACUGGAGAUGACCCGCAAGUACCUGACCUCCUGCAUGCAGCAGCUCUUUGACACUUUCAGCAUUGUCCAUGGUGGACCCUAUCCUCCCGUUGAGUGUGUACCAAUGGAGCCUUCGCUGGAACAUGCCAGCUACGGGUCUGAGGAGUCUUACCUGACAAUCAACAUGGAUCCACUGACCCACCAGUACAAAAUUGGGUCACCAAUUAAUCUGAGGAGCUUCAAGUCAUCACCCAAGCGUAACCUCAGCAAAAUCCACAGCUUGAGUUCAGUAGGGGUCAUCGAUGAUAAAGAUGAUUAUAUGGACCCCAGGUCACCUUCUUCGACAGCAGAGAAAUGUGCUCAAGAACUAAGAAGUGUUUUCUGUCCAGAGCUGGCACUAGCUUGCUAUAUUCCACUGUGCAGAAUUUUUGGAAGUAUUCACAUGGAGGAGCACCUACACAAUGAGGAUCUGAUUCGUCGCCUCUGUUCUCAGUACGACUCAGAAACAGAUCUUGCUGUCCCAGCAGCUCAUGAGAGACCUGUCUCAUCCAUGCCAGCUGCUUACAAUACAGAGGAUCUGCUGACACCAACAGAGGAAAGGCCGAUCAGUGCUGGUAUAGGAAGCAAUGUCACACUGGUGGGCAACAGAAUCCAGCUGAAUCAGCUGACUGAAUCCACAGUCUCACACACAACACAGGCUCAGGUUGGACAGUUUGGCCGUGGAUACAGGCAUUCUGGAAUACUGAGCAUUCGUUUGGACGACUUGAGAUCUACUGACAUGGAGCAGAACAAAUCCAGACAUCUGAGAGGUCACUGGCUGGCCUACUGGGAGCGGGAACUGGGGCUCCAUGAAAGGGAUACCAUGUUCAACUUCAUGCAGAUUGACUUGCAGACAUACCUUGGACACACCAGCAGCAUCAGGUCCCUACACACCAUGGACACAGAGAACUGUUUCAUCUCUGCCUGCAAGGACAAGACUGUCAGACUGUGGUCUAUCAACAGUAACGGGGAUGGCAUGAACAAACAGCACUGCCAGUUCUGCUACUCCCGUCACAAGAAGUCUGUAUUCUCAGUUGUUUAUGUAGAAAGUAUGAGGCUGGUGGCAUCUUGUGACAGUACAGUGCAUUUAUGGGAUCCAUUCACAGGUGUUGCCAUGAACCAGCUGGAGUCCCCCAAACAUGCACCUGUGGUUGCUCUCACUGCACUGCCUGCACCUUCUACUCUGGUUGUCAUGGCAACUACAGAAGCCACGCUGAGAUUUUUGGAUCUGAGAACAUCCAAGUACACUCAUGAGUUUCGCUGUUCUGUUGGCAGUCCAGGUUUGAUUCGCUGUGUAGUCGUCAGUCCAGACAGUAACUGGGUCGCCAUCGGAUUCUCCACUGGUCUAAUUUACAUACUGGAUGUCAACAGUGGGAUGUUCUUGCAUUACUGGAAGGCACAUGAUGCCGAAAUUUUACAGCUCAAGGCCUACAACAAGUCACGUCUGCUGUCUUCGGCUUUUGAUCAGACAAUCAAACUGUGGAAUGUAGACACUGGACAGGAGGUGUGUCCCAGCAAAUCUCAAGCUGAGUCAGUUCACUGUCUGUCCAUCUACAGAGACCAGCUGCUGACCGCAACCACCGCCAACAGGAUCUCUGUCUAUGCUUCUGUUAAUGACAGUACUCCGUUUGCUAGCUCCAAACUGAAGUCAUUUAAAGGUGUUGUCACCUGCAUAUCAGUGCUGCCUCUCAACAAAACCCUGCUGCUGGGAGCCGACAAUGGAACAAUCCGACUCAUGGCCUAG